AUGCAAACACUGGAGGGCCAUUCUGGCUCGGUUAGCUCAGUCGCCUUCUCAGGCAACGGCCAGCUGCUGGCAUCCAGCCCGGAUGACAGCACCAUCAAGCUGUGGGAUGCAGCCACAGGCGCUCUUAAGCAUACACUGGAGGGCCAUUCUGACCUGGUUUACUCUGGCGCGGUUUACUCAGUCGCCUUCUUAGGCGACGGCCAGCUGCUGGCAUCCGGCUCGGGGGAUAAGACUGUCAAGCUGUGGGAUAUAGCUACAGGCACUCUUAAGUAUACACUAGAGGGCCAUUCUGGCACGGUUUUCUCAGUUACCUUCUCAGGCGACGGCCAGCUGCUGGCAUCCGGCUCAGAUGACAACACCAUCAAGCUAUGGAAUACCAUUACGGGCGCUCUCAAGCAUAACAUAAGCACUGACCGCGUUGCCACCAACAUUGAAUUUUCGGAGCACCUGCCGCUCUUGACUACCAACAUAGGAUCUUUCGAUAUCCGAAACUACUAUGAAAGCUUCUCAACUUCCUCUGAGAAGGUGGCAGAGGUAUCUUUGUCAGCAGAUCGAUGGGUUACUAUUCAGGGUCAAAGAGAGCUAUGGCUACCUCCAAAUUAUUGUCCUUCCUCAUCAACAGUUAAAAACAGCACUAUUGCAUUUGGUAGUACGAGCGGCAGAGUUGCCAUAAUUGCGUUCUCAGUCAUGUGA